GCCCUGGAGCCUGAGCUCAGGCAGUGGCUGCCGUGCCCCGCCGCCGCCCUCUUCUGCCGCCUUCUCCACGCCAGCACUUUUGCAUGCAGUACUCCCUUCAGUCGUCACAGCCACCUGCAAGUGCUUCCUCUGGAGAGGCAGCUCCACGAGGCCGCCCGCCAGAACAAUGUCGGCAGGAUGCAGGAGCUGAUUGGGAGGAGGGUUAACACCAGGGCCAGAAACCACGUGGGCAGGGUGGCCCUGCACUGGGCUGCAGGUGCAGGGCACGAGCAGGCUGUGCGUCUGCUUCUGGAGCACGAGGCUGCUGUGGACGAGGAGGAUGCGGUAGGGGCCCUCACAGAGGCACGUCUGUGUUUUGGGAUGAACGCGCUUCUCCUGUCUGCCUGGUUCGGCCACUUACGAAUCCUCCAGAUCUUGGUAAACUCAGGGGCCAAGAUCCACUGUGAGAGCAAGGAUGGCCUGACCUUACUGCACUGCGCAGCCCAAAAAGGCCAUGUGCCUGUGCUGGCGUUCAUAAUGGAGGACCUGGAGGAUGUGGCCCUGGACCACGUAGACAAGCUGGGGAGGACGGCGUUUCACAGGGCAGCUGAGCACGGGCAGCUGGAUGCUCUGGACUUCCUCGUGGGCUCUGGCUGUGACCACAGUGUCAAAGACAAGGAGGGGAACACGGCCCUUCAUCUGGCUGCUGGUCGGGGCCAUAUGGCUGUGCUGCAGCGACUUGUGGACAUCGGGCUGGACCUGGAGGAGCAGAAUGCGGAAGGUCUGACUGCCCUGCAUUCGGCUGCUGGAGGAUCCCACCCUGACUGUGUGCAGCUCCUCCUCAGGGCUGGGAGCACCGUGAAUGCCCUCACCCAGAAAAACCUAAGCUGCCUUCACUAUGCAGCCCUCAGUGGCUCGGAGGAUGUGUCUCGGGUCCUCAUCCACGCAGGAGGCUGCGCCAACGUGGUUGAUCAUCAGGGUGCCUCUCCUCUGCACCUCGCUGUGAGGCACAACUUCCCUGCCUUGGUCUGGCUCCUCAUCAACUCCGACAGUGACGUGAAUGCCAUGGACAAUAGGCAGCAGACGCCCCUUCACCUGGCUGCAGAGCACGCCUGGCAGGACAUAGCAGAGAUGCUCCUCAUUGCUGGGGUUGACUUAAACCUGAGAGAUAAGCAGGGAAAAACCGCCCUGGCAGUGGCCGCCCGCAGCAACCAUGUCAGCCUGGUGGACAUGAUCAUAAAAGCUGAUCGUUUCUACAGAUGGGAGAAGGACCACCCCAGUGAUCCCUCUGGGAAGAGCUUGUCCUUUAAGCAGGACCAUCGGCAGGAAACACAGCAGCUCCGUUCUGUGCUGUGGCGGCUGGCCUCCAGGUAUCUGCAGCCCCGUGAGUGGAAGAAGCUGGCAUAUUCCUGGGAGUUCACGGAGGCGCAUGUCGAUGCCAUCGAGCAACAGUGGACAGGCACCAGGAGCUAUCAGGAGCACGGCCACCGAAUGCUGCUCAUUUGGCUGCAUGGCGUGGCCACGGCUGGUGAGAACCCCAGCAAAGCGCUGUUCGAGGGCCUCGUGGCCAUUGGCAGGAGGGACCUGGCUGAAAAUAUCAGGAAGAAAGCAAACGCAGCCCCGAGUGCCCCCAGGAGGUGCACAGCCAUGUAACCGGAGGGGCCAGACCUUCAGGCACGUGGGACCUCAGCGUGUGGAGCCACCUGAACAGAAGAUGACCAUCAUUUAAGGGCUUUUUAAAAAAUCACUGUUAACAGACCUCCAGGUGAUUCUACUGAAAUGCACAGUCAUGCAGAGCCCAGGAGGCAAAUGUUUGUACACUGAUCUUUUUCAUGAGGAUGGGUCCAAGGGCCUGUAAUCCCGUCCAACAGCACUAUGAAGUUGGACUUGGAAAAUUUGGACAGCCAUUUGCCAUUGUAAUUUUUAUUCUUUUUUCUCCUGAUUAUUUGACAAAACUUGUAUCCACAUUGUAGUUGUUCAUGUGUCUGCUUCUAUUGCAUAUUGUAAAAUUAUUAACUACUUCCCAAAAUAGUAUUUCUCUCAGCAGAUAUUUCUUUGGUACUACCAUGUAUUGUGUAACUUUUGGAAAAGUAAGGUGGCUUCCCUGCUCUCAAGUGAAGCAUUUUAUUAAAAGAAUAAUUAUAAUUAAAAAAAACACGAUACAGAUCAGUGCAUAUAGUAUAUUACUAAUAGUAUGCUGUUGUGUAAGAAAGAAAGGAAAUUAGAAAACAUAUUUGCAUAAAUAAAAGCUAGACAAAGGCUAAGAAACUAAUCAGGUGGUUUCCCUGGGGUAGUAGGAUAAUGGGGAACAGUGGGGCUGGGACCGGGUGGGAGAAAGAGUUCUCAGUGGUUCCUUUCUAUACUGUUUUAACUUUUGAAAUGUGUGAGAGUGUUACUUACUGAAAACUGAAAGGACAUGACAUUCUGGAACAGGCAAAACUACAAAGACAGUAAAAAGAUCAGUGAUUUCCAGGAGCUGCAAGGGCAGUGAGAGGGAGGGAGGGAUGAGGAGGUGGAGCGCAGGGGAUGUGAGGGCAGUGAAAGGUUCCGUAUGACACUGUGAUGGUGGGUACAUGACAUUGGGCAUUGGUCAAAACCUACAGCAUGUACAGCACAAAGCGUGAGCUCUAAUGUGAGCUAUGGACUUUAGUUAAUAGUAACGUGGUUCAUCAGUUGUAUCAAAUGUACCACACUGAUGCCAGAUGUUAAUAAUCGGGGAAACUCUGUGUGGUGAAGAGUACGUGGGAGCUCUCUGUGCUAUCUGCUCAAUUUUUCUCUAAACCUAAAACUGUUCUAAAAUAGAAAGUCUGUGAAAAAAACAAAAGUAAAGUUAUAAAAGGAAAAGAAAACAGAGGCUUUAAAUUAAAUCAUCUAUUCCUUGGGAAAGGUAUUUUGUACCAUAUGGGACUGAAAUCAUUUCUCUGGAUGAAUUUUAUAAAAUGAAUUUUGUAAUUUUUUUCUGAGACAAAAAAGUUCUUAAAUACAAUAAAAUUGAAAUGUUGAAAUAUA